AUGCAACGAGCCUUACGAGCUAAGAAUAAACUUGGUUUCAUCAAUGGAACUUUGAAGAAACCCACCACCAUUGAUGAUCCUCUUUUGGAGAUAUGGGAACAUUGCAAUGACAUGAUUGUAGAUGAACUGAAAAAGGCCUUAUCAAACCUAACUCAAGAAGAAGAUCCAUUGAGUGUUUACUAUGGUAAACUUAAAAGUUUAUGGGAUGAGCUCUCGGUCUAUGAUCCCUUACCUGAAUAUAACUGUGGCAAACUAAAGUUGAUUCUAGAAAGAUAUCAAUGUGACUGCGUGAUGCAAUUUUUGAUGGGAUUAAACGAGUCUUAUUCUAAUGUUCGUGACCAGAUCAUGCUAAUGGACCAUUUACCAUCCAUAACUAAGGUUUUCUCCUACAUUCAACAACAGGAGAGACAACGGAUAAUAAAUUCACCUACAUCCUCCAUUGAAUCUAUUGCACUUGUCACACGAAAAUUUUCUGGUCACUCUAAGUCUGUUUUAAAUUCAUCAGGCUCUAAAAAGGAAAGACCAUAUUGUACUUACUGCAAAACUACAUGUCACACUUUUGAUUCUUAUUUUAAGGCAAGAAAUGCUGAGGCACCAAUCUGUAGCUACUGUCAUAUGGCUGGACAUAUUGCUGAAAAAUGUUACAAGCUUAAUGGCUAUCCCCCGGGUCAUAAGCUUCAUGGUAAAGAAAAACCAACUGGAGCCUAUGCCAAUCAAACUUCAGUCCAACGUGGUAAUGACAACAAUGUUGAGGAUACUAACCCAAUUUCAUUGAGCAAGGGUCAAUAUCUUGAACUGCUUACAUUGCUUAAAGCCAAGGAGUCCUCUACUGCUGUACCAUAUGCUAAUCAUGUUUAG